CCGCACGGCACGGCUCGGCUCGGCUCGGCACGGACAUACACACACACACGCACACACACACACACACACACACAGCGAGGACUCGGAAUGGAGACGGAAGGGAGCCAGAGCAGCCUGUCCACCGCGGACUCCCCUCACGACCCCUGCAAAAUGUUCAUCGGUGGACUCAGCUGGCAAACAACACAAGAGGGUUUGAAGGAGUACUUCUGCAAGUACGGCGAGGUGAAGGAGUGUAUGGUGAUGCGAGAUCCGGUUACUAAGCGCUCGAGAGGCUUUGGAUUCGUCACCUUUGUUGAUCAGGCCGGCGUGGAUAAAGUUUUGGCCCAAACCAGGCACGAGCUGGACUCCAAAACAAUCGACCCAAAGGUUGCGUUCCCACGCAGAGCUCAGCCCAAGUUAGUGACUCGAACCAAGAAGAUCUUCGUGGGAGGCCUGUCAGUGAACACGACCAUCGAGGACGUCAAACAGUACUUUGACCAGUUUGGGAAGGUCGACGACGCCAUGCUCAUGUUCGACAAGACCACCAACAGACACAGAGGGUUCGGCUUUGUGACGUUCGAGAACGAGGACGUGGUGGAGAAAGUCUGCGAGAUCCACUUCCAUGAGAUCAACAACAAGAUGGUGGAGUGCAAGAAGGCUCAGCCCAAGGAGGUGAUGUCCCCCACGGGCUCGGCCAGGGGGCGCUCUCGUGUGAUGCCCUAUGGAAUGGACGCGUUCAUGCUGGGCAUUGGUAUGCUGGGUUAUCCAGGCUUCCAGACCGCCACCUACACCAGUCGGAGCUACGCUGGCAUCACUCCUGGAUAUACCUACCAGUUCCCUGAGUUCCACUUAGAGAGGACCCCCCUUCUGACUUCACCCCACCCCCCUGAGCUCACAGCCAUUCCUCUCACUGCAUAUGGACCAAUGGCGGCGGCGGCGGCGGCAGUAGUUAGAGGCUCCACUCCGUCUCGCUCUGCUGGGUUUUUGGGGACGAGCAGCCCGGGCCCGAUGGCGGACCUUUAUGGAACAGCCAGUCAGGAGUCGGCCGUCAGCAGUUACCUGAGCGCUGCGAGCCCCGCCCCGAGCACCGGAUUCAGCCACAGUCUGGGGGGUCCUCUGAUCGCCACAGCCUUCACUAACGGCUACCACUGAGAGCUGCAGAGCUGCAGACUGAGAGCUGGAAGGAGUUGAAGCUGCUUUGGAGCUGAUCUGGCCCGUCUCUGUCCAGCCCACCUCUCCGGCCGGGCGGCCGAACCUUCACCCCCUCCGCCCCGGCCGACCCUACUGACGCCUCACUAAACUCCACCUCCUGAGAAAAAGAAGAAAAAGUUCAUAAAAGGAGCGGAAAUGUCACUACAUGUAAUAGCAACACCUGCAGAUGCUGUAUUUUUAGUGUUUUCUUUCUGUUUUGUUUGACCUUGCUGUUUUUUGUGAUGGCUGCGUUGUUUCUUUAUCUGUUUCGGACGUGUUUUAUUGGCUUGAGAGGAGAAACAUCUCCAGCUGAAGCUUGUUUGAAGGUCAGAAGCUGUAAUUUGUGCUGGAAAACUGUAUAUUUGUCACUAGUUGAUACUGAAUUUUAACAAAACAUUUGUGAUUAAUACUAUUUCUUGAACAUGUGUCACAGACUGUAUAUCUUGGUAGGUUUUUAACUUGUUACACUAAUAAUGGUCACUCGACAAAGGUCAUUAGUCACAGUUACAUAAUAGGCCGACAUGAGCUGUACAAUUCUGUAAAAUAUUGUAAAUACGACUGGUUUCUGGGGGGGCUCUGCUGAUUUUUGUGUGUGGGAGGUGGGAGGCUUUUGGAGAAAUGGUACGAUUCUUAUGCGUUGGAAAGCUCGACUGUUACGCGUCGUAGUUUCACAUGGAGGUCGAGAACAUCUCGCUGCGUUCGACGUCGGUGUCGGAGCAGCCGGUGAAGACGAGCCGAGACAUUCGGGCUGCGCCGGGUGUGAAGACGCUCCUCCGUCAGAGGAAAAACAUGCUGUUUUCUUACUUUGUCAUUUCGUUGUUUGAACUGUGAUCUGUGAUGAUGAUUGUCUGUGAAGGAACACGAAGGCCUCGUUUGCAGGAGCGCUCAUGCGCGGCUAACGCUGCAGGUUGCGCUGAUGUUCGCGUGAGCGCCUCGUGUGGUUUUCUACACAUUGGUUUCCAAUGUGCCAUGUGCUGUUUUUGGGGGAAGGUACCUCAGUUGCAAAUGUGAAAUUUUAAUCUGAUUUUUUUUGUUGUUGUUACAUUAACAUCUUUGUCAAAGUGUGGAUGGUGGAGCCUUUUAGAAAGGUGGCUUUUCCAACAGGAAGUGGGGUCUUAUGAACUUGUCUACCUGUCACCUGCCCAGUCCAUCACUGCGUUUCCACUGGAGGUCACAGCCUGUAGCAACGCGUCAGCUAAUCUUAGACCAAAACGAUGAUGUGCAGAUCUGCUGCGUCGAUGUUUCUCCUCGGAUUGUUAGCUGCAGAACGAAGCGCCGGGUUUCACGUUUUGAUACUGUCACUGCUGCGAGCCGCCCCGGUGGUUCAUACUUUGAUGCUGUUUUCACUGAAAAAUAACAAUCCUGUCGACACUGUAACAUUUUCUGAUUUUCU